ACACAACCAUGUACGAGGGUUGAGAAUUGUUUACAUAAGUGCACACAAUUGCAUUGAGAGGUUCAUCAAAGAUAUCUGUUAACAUCUUUCACUUGUUUUUGUUUUGUUCUAGACUAUUCAUUGAAUAAGCAACCUAAGCUUAAACAAAUGUUUGCAGUACUAUUGUUUAUAGUUUCACGUUGAAUGACUUAGACUCAACGUAUCGAAGAUACAUUCAUACAUAGAGAACUCCUCAUACUGCAAAUUAUUCUAAAUUGUGAGAAGGAAGCGCCAGUCCUGUCAAUAAUGUGUACGAUUUCCUCGGAGGACAGGAACGGCCCUAGGCCAUCUCAGAACGAAGGAGACCGCCUGGAAAUGGGGAUUCGCUACAGCGAAAUAAAAACUGUUCGACAACCAAAUAAACCAUGCGUACGCCGAACGGUCAAGAAAGAAAAGUGUAAAUUUCAUUUAUUAUUUUGUAACAAUUUCAUUUAUUUAUUUGCAACAAGCGCUCGGGCUGAUUUGAGAACUACCAUUAUAUAAAGCCAACAGAACAUGCAAUAGAAGAAAAAUUACAACAUUAUAAGUAUUAUUGGUAUUGGACAAUCCAAUAACUGUUUUUGUCGACAUUGAUCAUACAUUGAUACCACGAGAUCUCGAAUUUAAUUCUUUCCACACAUUGCCCGUAUAUCAAAUUACUCAUACGCUAAAGUCAUUUUCCCAUAGAAAUACGAAGUAAUACCGUUAACUAGCCGGAACCGCUUUUUUAUAAUUGUUUAUAAUACUACUUCCUCGAUAUCUUACACCAAAUUAUGUGUUCUCCUUUACUUGCUGUAUGCGUAACAUUUUAUUAGGAAAUGUUGCACUGAAAAUUGCACGUCAUAGUGCGGGCAGAUGCGGCGUGUAGUCAAUCUUCAAUGUAGUUAAGAUUAAGAUCGUGUUAAAUGGCAGCGAUGGCAGCGAACUACUGAAUUCGGACCUAGCACAAAAUGGUUAUUGAACAAAAUCCACUCUGAAUUCUGAGCAUCUACCAAACAAGUCUAAUUUCAUCCUCGGUUCGAUCGGUACUGAAGGCAACACGUAGGCAAAUUGUUCUCAGACGAAACACCCAGUGCCACAUCAUGAGACACUUGAGUAAACAGAGGAUCUUCGAGUCCUGCAAACUGAGUGUGAGAAAGAAGUAUAAAUAGUGUCUGAAAAGCGAUCUUCAAUCACAGUUUGGUGCAGUAUCGCUUCAGCAGAGAUAACAACAUGUCGUUCAAGACUCUCUUCCUAUCGUUGUGCGUGGUGGUGCUCGCACUGAAUGGCAUCGAAGCCGCACAGUACUACGUCGCUUUCACUAAAAGUGCCAACUUUUUCGAAGCGUGGCAAGACUGCCACGCCUACGGUGGAGAUUUGGCAACUAUAAGGUCCGCAUCUGAGCAAAGUCUUGUGGAACAGGCAAUGGGCCGAACCAACAAUCCAAAAGGGGUUUACUUUAUCGGCGGAACUGACGUUGGCCGUUUUGCUCGUUGGAUGUGGAUUGCUUUGAACAAGGUGAUCGAAACCACUGACUACCGCAACUUCUAUCCAGGAGAGCCCAACAAUCUCGGAGGCAACCAAGAAUGUUUGUCCGUCGGAAACUGGGUAGCACCGAACCGUGGAAAAUGGGAUGAUGUACAAUGUUCGGCCAAACUUGAUGGAUACGUUUGUCAGUUCUACGCGUGAUCACCUGUAUCAAAACCAUAGACUUCUUGAAAAAAAUAUCACAUGAGGUUGUGAGAUGUGUCUGCUCUUAUAAAUCCUGUUUCAACUAUGUGAUAGGAAAUGAAGGAAAUAUAACAUUCACCUAAACAUGUUAAAACCUUGUAAAUCUAAAAAUUCUUUAUUUAUUCCACUGAAACAGUUGAAAGAACCAGACAAAUAGCUAGUUUUACAACAAGCAAAAAUCAAAAAUUAAGAAAAAACGUGAUCCGUUCAGACAUAGACAUAUCUACAUUGAGACGAGAAUGGUACAUAAAUGCAUUACAUUACUGAACUAAAUGCUAAACAGUAUAACAGAUCUCCUUAAUUGCAAUUGAAGGUUGAAAUUAUUUUGUGUUGCAAAUAGUGAUUAUCAGCUCUCAUAUGGAGUGAUCGGGAGUUUGAAGAUUCGAUGUGCUCAAGUUAGAAAAGGUAUUUUAUGAUGGUUGAGAAGUGUUUACACAAGUGUAUUACAAUGAGAGCUUCUUCAGAGGAACCUGUUAAAUCAUUCAAUUUUUGUGUAUUUUCUUGAUUAAUGAAGGCUAAGACAUAUAUCAUGUUUUGUAUUGUUUAAUCUUAUCAUACAGGUAUUUGAAUAAAGAAACAUACAAUAUUCUACGCUCUAUCUGAAGAUGCAAUCUACGAGCAACACAUAUCUCUUAA